AUGUGUUUUUAUAUGAUUAGGGUUACAGUUCAAAUACUGUGCAGCUAUGUAACUCUCCCUCUCUACGCUCUUGUUACACAGAUGGGUACAGACAUGAAAACAACCAUAUUUGGUGAAAGAAUAGCCACGUCCUUGAAGAAGUGGCACCAGAGAGCUACGAGGAACCUUAGGGAAAGGCAAGAAAAUGUAUCAAGUGGACCAACAAAUUCACCUGAAGGAUCUUCUCCAGUUCAUCUUUUCCACAAUUACAAAAGUGUAAGAGACCCAGAAAGCUUAGAGCAAAUGGAACAAUUUGAACAUAAGCUUAGACCUUCAUCUUCUUACGAUCUUCGCCUGAAUGCCAAUAAUGAUUCCAAGGAAGAAAUACAGGGAGACACACAAGACGUUGAGACAGAUGCUUCUGAUUUCAGCUUUCACUUAUCCAAGUAA